AUGGCAGCACAGCUGUUGUCCAUGUCGGAGAUCGAGGGACCCGAAGAGAACGAAAACGCCUUCUGGGUCGCUGCAACAAUCCCACCUCCCAAGUCUCUCGUCGAGGCGUUUGCUAACUAUCCUGACGUUGUGCGUGUGCCCCGUCUUCUCCAUUUUCUUCGGGUUGCCGUAAAGCAACAGAGGCGCCGUCAGCAGAAGCUCCACGAGCUGCGGAGAAAAGCCUCGGGUCCCAGUGAGGGACAGACGGAGACAGAGGCUGGCUGGGAGGGCCAACGCCGAACAGCAGAGGAGCACGGAGAAGGAGAGACAGAGAAAGUAGCAAGACACCCGGAUGAACUAGAAACACUCAUCUUUCAAGGUUGUUGCUUGCUCCUGGAGGCGAGCCAGCGACAGAGAAAUGCAGAAGCGCAUGCGGAGGCUCGACGCCUGUGGGAGGAGCACCGCGUCCUCUGUUUUGCGGAGAGUGUGGAGACCUUAGAUGCAACGGCUUUAUCGCCACAUCGCCCACAGGAGCGAGAAGAGGAAAUUCGAAAGCUGUACAGUGAAUCAUUCGUCAACGAAUGCAGCGGCAGCAUGCCGGAGAUGAGAGAGAGGCUCCUGCGGUCCGUGCUGCAGGCCCGAAGUACACAGUUGGAGCCUAUGAGACGACGAACGCUAAUGGAGGUUGCAGAUUUCCUCAUGACGCAAGGGGAAUUUCUGGAAGUGCUACAAGUUCUCGAAGGAGCCCGCCGAGAUUUCGACGAACAUCCAAAUGAUUUCGAGGCGUCCUCCGCUUCGUCUUCUCGCGCCUCCGUCGAUGGACCAGCGGGCACGCGAGGCUCGGGACAGCUCCACAGUGUCUCCGAGCGACCCACGGAGUCGAUAGGCGAACCAGAUUACAGAGAGGAAGCCACGUUUGGUCGUCUUAGAGAUGAAAACGGGCAGGAACAACGCGCUGAAGUGCGAGGCAGUAAAGGGCCUUUAGCCGCUUUCUCUGCUGUGUCGGAUGUCGUAAAAGGUUUGGAGCGACUGAGGUCGGGCGACAUCUGUGCAGCCGCCGAUGCACUUCGGAAAGUCAACGCCGGAGUGUACGGACGCGCGUUCGACGCGGCAGUUACACAGUCUGAAGUUUCCGCAAACGGAUUACUUUUUUCGAACGUGGCUCCUAAACUUCAAGAGGAAUCUGACAAAGUGGGGAUGGCUUCUACCGAUUUCCGUUGCUUUUCUGAGGCGGAAAAUCAGCCAGGAAGUGUGGAAGCGGGAGCUGGGAGUUUUAGCGCAGCCGCGAGCCCAUCUUUUACACGCACCAGAUCGAUUUUCGGCGUAUGUACACCAGAAGAUGUCGCACUUUAUGCCAUGCUCUGCUGUCUCGCUGUCUAUAAUCGAGACGAGCUAAAAGAACAACUUGCAGAAGAUGCGCCUCUGAGGAAUGUGCUGGAACCGAGCCCUGUAGCUCUACGGGCUGCAAUUCUGUUCGCGCUCUCUGACUUUGAACAAGCGUUCAAGGUCGUCUGCGACAUGAUGCCCGCGUUCGAACGCGAUCUCCUUCUUGGAGAAGAAUGCACAGCGCAGCUUUUCCGCGAAAUACGCAGAAAUGCAGUCUUGCAGUUCACAACUGCAUACAGUUCCCUCACUCUGUCUACACUCCUUGAAGCCUUCCCUCAAGUAUCUGCUGCCACUAUAAGAGAAGACAUCGUGGCUCUCAUUGAACGUCGCAUGCUUCCCUUCCGCUAUGACGGAGUCAAUGACAUCCUGUGGCGGAACGAGCCGGAUGGCAUUCACGCGGUAGUCCUAGAGGCCAAACGCACGGCAGCGGACCUCACUCACACAUGCCAGCGACUGUGUCUCAACGUCUCAGUGGAAGAAGUGUUUGGUACAGCAUUACAUUCCGCAUGUCGGGACGAUUCCCCCUUUGCGAAACGGAACACCGUAGGGGAUCGUGCUCGAGAAGGCCGAAGAUCUCGCGGAAAAGAGGCUGGCUGCGGAACGGCUGGGCCGGGGACGACAGUGGCGCAACGUCGAACUCGCGGCCGACAUGAUAGUGGUUAGCCGGUUGGCGACAUAUAGUAUUAAUAACUUCGUCUGAAAAACCAACCCCUUUCCAACAAUAUAAUUCUGGGCAGCAUCGUGCCUGAUAUGUGACUGUCUAGUUUUUACUUUCCAGUUUUCUGUUGUAACGAGCCAAGCAGCCAACUGUAGGUGCGCCCCUUGUUGCCGGCUAAAUGAUACUGUUUUUACCCUUCCCUAGCUUUCCUGCAACUGAUUCGGUAAACCCUAUAGUUUCAGUGCUGUAAACGAUCAGGGCUCAGUAUUCAAUGCCUCGUCCGUCGUAGCGGCUCCCGGUGGACCCGGUCACCAGUCGAGCACUUCUGUUAGGGAAACGGGUUCCAAAAGCCUGUUGCGUCAUGUAAGAGUAAA